CACUUAUUCAUUUAUAUGCUUUCAUUCGUUUGCUUCCAUUAACUCCUAGCUUUUAUUCUCCUUAGCAGCCAUGUUCAACCCUACACGUGCCAAGGUGCAACUGAAGCUCUCGGUCAACCGGUUGCAAAUGUUACAGAAUAAGAGGAACAUGCUCGCUCAGCAACAACGCAAGGAAAUAGCCCGUCUGUUGGAGAUUGGCAAAGAAGAAAGUGCACGUAUUAGGGUUGAGCAUAUCAUUCGCGAGGAUUUUAAUACAGAGGCAUUGGAGAUCAUUGAACUAUAUUGCGAACUAUUAUUAGCUCGUUUUGGAUUGCUGGAGCAAAUGAAAACCUGUGAUCCAGCCAUCUUGGAAGCUGUCAACACCAUUAUCUAUGCAGCUCCUCGUUCAGAAGUCAAAGAACUAUUACAAGUACGAGAUCAAUUAACAGCAAAAUUCGGUCGCGAUUUUGUCGCAAAUGCUAUGGAGAACAAAGACGAAUCUGUGAAUCCCAGAAUCAUUCAAAAACUAAAGGUCCAAACGCCCGAUCCCUAUCUCGUCAAUCGGUAUUUGGAAGAAAUUGCAAGGGCUUUCAAGAUCAACUGGACAGCAGAUCCACAAAUGGACCACCAACUCAUAGGAACCAUCGACGGAGGAUUUAUUGAUCCGAUCAACCAUUCUAUUGAACAACCUAUGCGUCCUCGUCUUCCAGAACCCACUAAGACUCAAUCGACAACUAUGGACGUGGAUCGAUUGGAUUUGUUAGGAGACUUAUCAAGCCACCAGGAGACGUCUCAGAAGGCGGCACUCAAGCCAGCAGCACCUUCAAUACCACCUAACAAAUCCAACAGUAAUACUUCCAAUAGGGCUACAGCAUCGCCGGCAAAAGUUGACGACGGACUUCCAGAUUUGGAAGCAUUAACUAGACGAUUCGAGGCGCUAAAAGAAAGACGAUAACUAUUUACACAUACAAAUAAAAC